UUAAUAAAGGGUUAGAGAGAGAAAGAGAGAAACGAAAGCUGGAUAUUGCUUGAGGAAACUACUCUGUUCCUCCCUCUCUUUCUUCUUUCAAUGAUUUUCUUCUCCCAAACCCAAACCCAAACCCGAACGUAACUCUGUCUCUGUUUUUGUCUUUUUGUUUCUCUGGGAAUAUCUUUUUUAUUGGUAAAAAUAUAAAGAAAAGUCAUUUUAAGGUCCAAGGAUUUGGAAAGUUUGGGUUGAUUGAAAGAAAAUGAGCAAAGAGAUGGUAAAGGAAGAAGCGCCGUCGUCGUCGGGUGUCGUUUCGGAGGAGAAUCGUCCUUUCGGUAGUCUGAGAAGCGUCCAAUGGCGUAUCAAUCUCGGGAUUUUACCUUCUUCUUCUUCUUCUUCGUCUUCGAUUGAUGAUCUUCGCAGGGUAACUGCUGAUUCUCGCAGAAGAUAUGCUGGGUUGAGAAGGCGGCUGCUAGUGGAUCCACAUGUUCCCAAGGAUGGAGGAAGUAGUUCCCCUGAUCUUGUCAUGGACAAUCCACUCUCACAAAACCCAGACAGCACCUGGGGUCGAUUCUUUCGAAAUGCAGAGCUGGAAAAAAUGGUUGACCAGGAUUUAUCACGAUUAUAUCCAGAACAUGGAAGCUACUUCCAGACUCCUGGAUGCCAGGGAAUGUUAAGACGAAUACUGUUGCUGUGGUGCCUUGGACACCCAGAGUGUGGUUAUAGACAAGGAAUGCAUGAACUCUUGGCUCCUCUGCUGUAUGUUCUUCAUGUUGAUGUUGAGCGUCUUUCAGAAGUGCGAAAGCUUUAUGAAGACCAUUUCAUUGACAAAUUUGAUGGAUUGUCAUUUGAAGAGAAUGAUGUUACAUACAAUUUUGAUUUUAAGAAGUUUUUAGAUUCCAUGGAAGAUGAGAUUGGAUCUCACAGUAAUUCAAAGAAAGUUAAGAGUCUUGAUGAGCUUGAUCCUGAGAUACAGACCAUUGUAUUGCUAAGUGAUGCUUAUGGAGCUGAAGGUGAACUUGGUAUUGUCUUGUCUGAGAAAUUUAUGGAACAUGAUGCCUACUGUAUGUUCGACGCCUUAAUGAGUGGGGCGCAUGGUGCAGUAGCUAUGGCAGAUUUUUUUUCUCCCUCUCCUGCUGCAGAGUCUCACAGUAGCUUGCCCCCCAUCAUUGAAGCCUCAGCUGCAUUAUAUCAUUUACUUUCAAUUGUUGAUUCUUCGCUACAUAGCCAUCUUGUUGAGCUUGGUGUUGAACCCCAGUAUUUUGCACUUCGCUGGUUGAGGGUUUUAUUUGGACGGGAGUUUUCACUUCAAGAUCUCUUAGUUGUAUGGGAUGAGAUUUUCACAGCAGAUAACAGCCAACUUCAUAGAGACUCUGAAGAUGAUGAGAGUUCCAGUUUUAAAAUACUCAAUUCACACCGUGGAGCAUUAAUUUCUGCUGUGGCAGUCUCUAUGAUACUUUAUCUGAGAUCUUCCUUGCUUGCCACUGAAAAUGCUACUUCUUGUCUUCAGAGACUCUUGAAUUUUCCAGAGAAUAUAAAUUUGAAAAAAAUUAUAGUGAAGGCAAAGUCUUUGCAAAUUCUUGCAUUGGAUUCUAAUGUCUCAUCCUUGUCAUCUACAUUUGGUGGGGCUUAUAACUGCAGCAAGUCUGCAGUGGUGAGAGGUCACAGUCUUUCAUCUGAUUCAGUUUCUCCAAAAACUCCUCUAAGCCUGGUUCCUGACAGCUAUUGGGAAGAAAAGUGGAGAGUACUGCAUAAGGAAGAGGAACUAAGGCAAAAUAGUGUAGGUAAACAAACUCCAAGUGGGAAGAAGAGAUGGUCAGAAAAAGUAAAGCUGAGCCUAUCUAGAACUGAAUCUGACCCAUCACCUGCAAGAGCAGAGAAUUGCAAAAAGGGCCAUAGGUCAUCCAUUAGGCGUAGUUUGCUUGAAGAUUUGUCGCAGCAACUUGGCUUGGAGGAAGAUGCUGAAAAAGGAGGCUGUCUUGGAGCUUCUAACUCAGAGGAUGAUCAUUGUAUAGAAGUUCUGGUGGAGGGAGACAAUUGUACUAACAAAGAGUCUAUUUGUGCAGCUGAGGAGAGAUGUGAGAGUGGAAGUGGAACUGUUGUCAGUGACGAAAACUCCUCUAUUUUUUCCGAGCCAGCAAGCCCUGGCAGUGGCACAAAUGACCAUGAAAAUGACACAGAAAAAAGUAGUGUUGCGUCAAAUUUAUUUAUAGAUGAAAAUGAUGAUCACCAGCAAAGUAACCUAGAAGAUUCACCUCUGCCAGUUUCCCUUCCUCCUGAAGAUGUCCCUCUAAAUUCUCUGCAUGAGAAUGAAUCUUCAGGGAAAAUGGUCUCAGCUAUGAAGGAGCGAAGGCAUCUUUCAGGUAGAUUCCAGUGGUUUUGGAAGUUUGGACGAAACAACGUCGGUGAGGAGACAUCUGAUAAAGGAGGUACCAAUGAGGCUGCAAAAUCUCCAAAUCACGAUUGCAAGCGCAAUACAGCAGACUCAUUAACUGCUGGUGCUUCUCGUAAUUCAUCUUCCACCAGCAAAGGAGAUGCUGUGGACCAGAAUGUGAUGGGCACAUUAAAGAAUAUUGGACAGUCUAUGCUUGAACACAUUCAGGUUAUCGAGUCUGUUUUCCAGCAAGAUCGGGGUCAGGUGGGAUCAUUGGACAACUUCUCUAAAAACAUUCUUGUUGGCAAAGGACAAGUUACAGCCAUGACAGCUCUCAAGGAGCUUCGGAAGAUCAGCAACCUUUUAUCAGAGAUGUGAGAUUUAUUGUAUUUAUUAUGAAAUAUGUAUAUACUUUUUUGUAAUUACCAUUUUUUUAGUGCAAAUAAAAUGAGUUUUGCUGCUUUGUUGGCUCUUA